UUCCAACCCAAGACUUCCUUCUGUCCUCUGAUCACUUGUUUGCUCGUUAAUUUGGUCACAGUGUGUAUUGGGGAGAGUAUGGCUAAAGCCUGAUUUGGAUUUUCAAGCAGUUUGUUUCUCUUUUCUGCUAGGAUUGGGAUCAUGAUUGCUGUUGAAAGCUGUGGGUGAGUGGGAGGAACACAGUUAUCCUGUGGACCAAGCAGCCUCUAGACAACCAGCCAGUUUAACCAUGACACCCAUUUGCCUGCGUUGACCUGCCCCCCCCUUUCCUCAGUUUUCUCUACACACCAUCGAGAGGCGUGGACUAACCAGGAAGUAAAAGCAGUCAGACAGAAAGUAAACAAAGAUGUCUUCCCACAAGUGCAGAUUCCAGUGCUUCGAUGCCAUCUCGGAUGAGGUCAGCCACCACCACCCCAAACCCUCGCUCCCUUUCGGGAUACGUUCUGCCCCCGCGCCUCCCCCCAGGAGAUCCACCCAUGGUGGGGAUGCCAUUCACCAGGAGACCUUGGAGGACUGGGGGUGCUACCUGUGCGCCCAGGCUGCAGAGGCCAGAGAGGAGUCCCAGAGAGAGGCCCAAAGAGAGGCCCAAAGAGAGGCAUCAGCCUGGUACCUCCCUCCGGUCCUCCCACACUCCCACCAUCACCACCCCCAGCAGUAUGUUCGCAGGCGGCCGGUCUGGCCUGAGGUGGUCCCUGCUGAGCCCUCUUGCCACCACCACCUCCACAAGAAGUUGGUGCUGGUGAAAAAUAGCGACCCCUCUGUUCGGAGGACCAUCGUGCUCCGUCGCAGGACACUCCGCAGCCUGGGCCUGUUUCUGGAGGAGCUUUCUGAGUUCAUGCAGUACCACAUCAGGAAGCUGUACACUCUGGAGGGACGCAAGAUCGACAGUGUUCAGAGUCUCCUGCAGUGCCCCAGUGUGUUGAUUUGUGUGGGCCGUGAGCCCUCCCACCCCAUCCUUCUGGAGAACUUCCGGAAAAACUCAGAUGACAAACUUCCACAACUGAGGCCAAAGUCACUGGGACGCUCCAGCAUGGCCAGUGAAGGACAGGAGAGUAAGAAAAAUGGCGGUUUAGGACUUGAGGCAAAGAAAAGUGUCAUCCACUUAAGAUCUGAAUUCAGCAACCGGUCAGCCAGGAAUUCCAUAUCAUCGGACAAAUCACUCCCACCAAUCAACUCUACAGCCCACGUAGGCCCAUGCCCUCAUUCAAGUGAAGGCUUGCUGGAAGACGACAUUGAGAAAAGGGUACUAGUCAACAAAGAUGGCAGCUUGUCAAUGGAAAUGAAAGUGCGUUUCCGACUACUGAAUGACGAGACGUUGCAUUGGUCCACACAAGUAAAGAAGUCGGUAGGAACGAACAAUGAAUACCUCCAAGGAUAUCAUGAUAACUGCUCUCUACAGCAGAGUAGUGUGGAAAGCUGUUCCGAGUCGGAGCCCCUUUCACCAGGCGAGGCUGACGAUUCCUACAUCACCAAACUGCACCAGGAGCAUCUGGACGUCCCUCACUGUCAGCACUGCUGCAGCCACUGCCAGGACUAUGAGAUCAGGAAGACCCAUCUUUCGGCGGGGCAGAGGACUGUCCGCCACGUCACCUCCUCCAGCUCCAGUGCCUCCUCACACACCAUUGUACGUAAAGAAGGAUCAGUGGAGAUGUCCAGUGAGGAGAUCACCGAGCACGUGGUGGAGAAGACUGCUUGCUUUCAGCAGACUGUGGAGGAAGGGGGCGACUCCAUGGUGGAGUACUGCACCAUCAGCCGCGGCUGCAGCAGGAGCGAAGUGCACUCGACAACAACGUCCGCCAAGAGUAGGACUAGAGUUUCCACUGAGGACAAGAGCAAGAGCCUUGGUAAGAGUGAAUGCAUUGACAUUACAACCCAGGCAUCGGAUAACAAUGAGCCUACAGCUGAUCGAUCAUCCUCCGCUCCCUCCAAGGAGUCUCAGAGCGAGGUCAGCGUCAAGAUCACUGAUGCAGAGGAAGAGGAUCGGCCUGUCUCUGCUGUUAGUCUUUCCUCUCAGAUCCUGGCAUCGCUCAGUGAAGACCAGGACGAUGAGGACAACAAUCUUCCACCAAGUGUUUCGAGAGCGUGUGCAUGUUCUCAGAAUAGUAAUGCAGAAGAGGAGGAACCCACUAGAAUUGCUGUUUUGAACUCACCUAUAGCGACACCUAUGCAACAUUUAUCUCCCAGGCCUCCGAGUAGCAAGGCAUCUUCUGUGCGCUCUACCAAGUCCAAGAAAUCAACCAAAGUUGUGUCUCUGGCACCAUCAAAUGGACAAGAUGACCAAGAAUCAAAGAAGUGUGAAUGUGAAGGAUCUGACGAAGCAUUAGAAGCAAUGGAAGCUGAUGAUGAAAAUGCUGAAACAGCAGUAGAAGAAGAGAGUCAAGAAGCGAACCCUUCAGAGGACACUGAAAACAAAGACCCAGAAACAAAGGAGAGAGCAAAGUCUGCCAAAUCAAAUGUCUCUACCAGAUGUAGGAAGUCCAAAGUUGGGGAGAAAGGAGUUAAUUCAGGAGAGCGAUCAUCAAGUGCCAUGUCAGUCAAAUCAAAUGCCUCAGCAAAGUCAAGGAAGUCCAACGUUUCAGCUGUAGAAGACUUAGAAGUACAGGAACAUCAAACAGACAAAAGAUCCACAAGUGCCAUGUCAGAUCAAUCAAACGUCUCAACAAGAUCUCAGUCCAAAAUGUCCAAAGUGGCAGCUGAAGAAAAUGUUAGACCGGAAGACAAAAAAACAGCAUCAAGUGCUUUGUCAGUUAAAUCUAACGCCUCAAGAAAGUCCAAAGUUUCUCAUGUUCCCGCUGAAGAAAAAGCAGAAGAGGAAUUGGAGAAAACUGAAGAGAGAGCACCUAGUGCGAUGUCUGCUGUGUCUGUUUCUGCAACAUCAAAGUCCAAGGUUUCUGAACUUUGUGUCAAAGAAACCAAAAGAGCAUCCAGCGUUAUGUCUGCUAAGUACAAUAUGUCAGCAAGACACAAUAAAUAUGACAUUUCUGAUGAUCCCGCUGCAGAAGACGAUCAAACUCUUCCAGCUGAGGAAAACGGAGAAGAGGAUUUUGAAAAGUCUGAAGAGAGAGCACCUAGUGCUACGUCAGAUAAUUCUAAUGUUUCUGCAAAAUCAAAGAAAACUAAGGUUUCUCAACUUUGUGUUGAAGAUGACAGAUCAUCCAGCACCAUGUCUUGUAAGUACAACCGGUCAGCAAGAUACAAGAAAUACUACGUUCCUUAUGAUCCCUCUGAAGAAGAGGAUCAACCUGAGGAGAGAGCACCUAGCGCCAUGUCUGCUAAGUACAACCGGUCAGCAAGAUACAAGAAAUACUACGUUCCUUAUGAUCCCUCUGAAGAAGAGGAUCAACCUGAGGAGAGAGCACCUAGCGCCAUGUCUGCUAAGUACAACCGGUCAGCAAGAUACAAGAAAUACUAUGUUUCUAAAGAAAAAGAGGAUCAAACUGAAGAGAGACCAUCUAGUGGUAUGUCUGCUACGUCCAAUGGUUCCGAAGAACCUGCUGAGGAAAACGCAGAAGCAGAGGAAGAAACAGCUGGAGAAGUUAUAGCUGGAGAGAAAGCAGAAGAGGUAGAAGAAACAGAGGGUGUUCCCGCUGAACAAACUGAUGAGUGUGAGCAUGAAACGGAAGCUAAGUCAACUAAGUCUAAUGUCUCUACCAGAUCAAAGAAGACCAAGGUUUCUCAAUUUUGUGUUGACGAAACUGAGAGAUCAUCCAGCGCUAUGUCUUGUAAGUACAACCGAUCAUCAAGAUUCAAUAAAUACUAUGUUUCUGAUGAAACUGAAAAGAGAUCAGCUAUGUCUAAUAAGUCCAAUAUUUCUGAUAAUCCUUCUGAAGACAACGCAGAAGAUGAAUUUGAGGAAACUGAGAAGAGAGCACCUAGUGCUAUAUCUGCUAAGUCUAAUGUCUCAGCAAGAUCGAGGAAAUCUAAAGCUGCUGAGGAAGACACUGAAGAGGGAGCUGAAGAAAGUGCAGAAACUGAGGUAGCAGAAGAAACAGACAACAGAGCUCCCAGUGCUUGGUCUUUUAAGUCCAAUGUUUCUGCAAGAUCGGCGAUGUCUAAAUCUUCUGAAGAAUUGGAAGAAAUUAAAGAGAGACGACCUAGUGCUACGUCUUCUAAGUCAGCUAAGUCUAAUGUUUCUGCGAUAUCAAAGAAAUCCAAUGUGUCCGUCAGGUCCAAGAAAUCCAAAGCUUCUGAAGUUCUGGCUGAAGCAGAAGUGGAUGAAAAGGAGGAGAGAACACCUAGCGCUAUGUCUACUAAGUCAGUUAAGUCCAAUGUUUCUGCAAAAUCAAAGAAGUCAAAGGUUUCUCAACUUUGUCCUGAAGAGGAAACUGAAGAGCGAGCACCCAGCGCGUUGUCUGGUAGGUCUGCUGUUUCGGCAAGAUGCAAGAAAUCGAAAGCUUCUGAAGUUCCUGCUGAAGACAGCCCUGAAAAUGAAAUUGGUAAAACUGAAGAGAGAUCACCUAGUGCUAUGUCUGCUAAGUCUGAAUUUGCAGCUGAAGAAACUGCUGAACCUAAGGAUGAAACAGAGGAUCGAGGUCCCAGUGCUAUGUCAGCCAAGUCAGCUAAGUCUGUUUCAGCAAGAUCAAACAAAUCCAAAGCUUCUGAAGUUCCUGCUGUAGAAGAGGAUCAAAUUAAAGAGAGAGCACCCAGAAGUAUGUCUGCUAAAUCUAACGUUUCUUCAAGACCUUUGAAACCUACAUUUUCAAAAGUUCUUCCCGUGGAAAACGGAGAUGAAGAAUUGGAAGACGUUGAAGAGAGAGCACCCAGUGCCAUGUCUGGCAAAUCAGCUAAGUCUAAUGUUUCUGCAACAUCAAAGAGGUCCAAGGUUUCUGAACUUUGUGUCAAAGAAACUGAGAGACCAUCCAGCGCCAUGUCUGCUAAGUACAAUAUUUCAGCAAGACACAAGAAAUACGACAUUUCUGAUGAUCUCGCAGCAGAACAGGAUCAAACUGAGGAGAGAGCAGCUAGUGCUAUGUCAGCCAAGUCAAAUGCUUUAGCAAGAUCAAUAAAAUCUAAAACUUCUGAAGUUCCAGCUGACGAAACUGCUGAACUUGAAGACCAAACAGAAUAUGCUACUGCCAAAUUGAAGGCACGAGAGGAUGUAGAGGAAGCUGAAGAGAGAGCACCUAGUGCUAUGUCAGCUAAAUCAAAUGUCUCAGCAAGAUCUAAAAAGUCAAAAGUUUCAAUUAUUGAACCUGACCAUAAAACAGAGGAGCGAGCACUCAGCGCUGUAUCAGCUAAGUCACACAUAUCUGCGAGAUCAAGGAAGUCCAACGUUUUUGAAGUAAAUUCUAUAGAAAAAGCUGAAGAGCAAGUUGAGGAAAAUGUGGUGAAUGUAUCUGCUAAGUCAGCUAGGACCAAUGCAUCAGACAAAUCUAAAUGCAUUUACUGUACCUCCAAACCGAAAGAUAGUAUAACUGCUGAAGUGGCUGAGAGACCUAAAAGCAACAUGUCCAACGUGUCUUCCCAUCUACAAGUCAAAGGACAAAAGGACAAAAACAAUACGGAUGACGCCAAAAGUGACAAAGGGAGUGAAAUUUCAAGAAAGACAAACAGGUCAAAGAAGACUGCCACUAGAGAUCAUGUGGACACUCCCAGACCUAACUCUGUUGCGUCAAAGAGUUGUCUCACUCCUACCCCACCAGACUGCCCACCAACCCCCAGAAAAAUCAAACGACCUGUUAUUUUACUUAGUGGCUCGAGUGACAGUAAUAAGUCACAUGCAGCAGAUCCAGUCGAAGAGAACUCUAACAUCUCAUGCAAUGGCCCCUUGGAAGUGACAGACAAGAAUGUCAGUGACAACAUAAGGGACAAGAGUGGCAAGUGCAAACAGAGGAAAGGGGUUUCCUUACUCAGUUUCUCCCGACAGCGGCCGGAAGGAGUAGUCUCUGAGCUGGUUCCCUCCAAUCUACCUAACGCCUCUCCAACAGAGGUUGUGAAAGAGUGGCUUAAGAAAAUACCGUCCGACAGUGUGAUGUAUGAAAUUGGGGAUGAAUUCAGUGACAGAGGCCAUUCACCAGAAGAACUACCGCAAAAGGAAAAACCAAAAGAGGAUAUUGACACCAUUGCUGAGUGUGAAACUCAAAACGAAAAAAAGGAAGAGCUCAAAGAGACAGUGGUCAAUCAUGUGGCUGACAUUGAGGAGCCAGUGGAGACCCCACCAGAGACCCCACCAGAAGACACUCACCCCUGCACCGCUCCACAGGAAGAGGUAUCAAAGAGCUUUCACUCCUCAGUUCAGGUGAUGAAAGUCCUGUUGAAUCCCAAGCUUGAUCGGUGUAACAGUUUACCUGAAGUUUCCCCAGUGUAUGGACGUAAACUGAGCACCUCAGCAAGAGGUCUCCUAGAUUGCCUCGCAAAGCUGCAGUUGAUAGACUUUGAUCCCAACGACGAUGCAAACGCCAAGGACACAAGGUACAGAGAACUAAUGAACAUCCUCCAGUCCCUCUGGUUGUGUGACCCAGCAGAAGGUGGAAAGCAACAGCAGAAUGGCUGUGAUCAACACUCUGUGGACGGUGACGGGAAAGCAAGGUCAUCCUCUGGGGUGGACGUCAGCAGUGGCUCAACAGGCUCAGGUAAGAGUUCAGGCGGUGUGGCUCAGGCAACGAACGCAGACGGGGAAGCGUUGGUGAAGGUACAAGAAGUUGAUGAAAUGGCACAGAAAGAUGAAAGCCCAGAGUCCUCAGCACCAAUGUCUAAUCCAGCCACUCCGGACACAGCCAGUCAGGUCCAAUGGACCCGAGGAGAAGGAGGAACAGCAGUGGAGGAAGAGAAACAAAAAGACGAAGACAUCCCGGAGUCUGAUGACACCAUUAGAAAUGAAAGUCUGAGAGAAUUACCAGAAACACCCCCGUCUUCCAACAAGAGCUCAGACCCUCGAGAGGACACAAGCUCUGGCUCUCCUCCAUCUGCCCAAAGGGCACAACUAGCCAAAAAGUUUUCCCUGGAUCCUGAUCCUGUCUGGGUCUUGAAGUUACUGAACAAACUAGAGAAGCAGUUCAUGACACAUUAUAUGGAUGCCAUGGCUGAGUUCAAGGUUCGCUGGAACUUGGACAACAACGAACAGCUCAAUGCCAUGAUAGCUGAACUGAAAGAUGAUGUGAGGAGGAGAAUACAACUAAGCAUCGACAGGGAACUGAGGAAGAUCCACGGUCGGGCUGGAAGACCAAGACCACGCAAAGAAGCCUUGUCACGAGAAUCAAAUGCACAAACAGAGACAAGGCGAAGAAGACUGAAAGUCGUACGUGACCAGUCCAUUGAUUACCGGGAGGAUAAAAGUGACGAUGCAACCUGCACUUCCUUCAGUGACCAACGGAGUGAUGAUGAAUAUUGCCCUUGUGAAACAUGUUUACAAAAGAAAAUGGAAUUGGGGCCACUGCUUCCUGCAAAAGUCCUGCAUACUGCACCAGUCAUGAUGGCUUUUGAUCUAAAGUCAAUUCUUCAGUUGAAAAGGGAACCUACUCCAAAGACACAAGAAGCUGAUGUUACAGAUGACACUGAAACGGUGGUAGUGAAAGCUGGCAUUACACAUGCUUUUGAUUUAAAGUCAAUUCUCCAGUUGAAAAAGGACAGUCCACCACAGAUACAAGAAGAAGUCAAUGUUGCAGAUGAGACUGAAGGUAUGGAUGAAGCCAAAGCAGCGGAAACUCUUGUUGAAAAUGUUAUCAAUGGGGCCAAGAAGGAGAUGCAGGAAUCACAACAAAAAUAUGCUGAAAUGGGUGACAAAGCUGAGACAGUAGAAGCUGAUGUAGAAGUGACAGCUGAAGGUGAAGCAAUAGAAGAGACGGAAGCUGAAACAGAUACUGCUGAAGAUGAAGCAGAUGAAGAAGAAACUGUUGAAGCUGAGACAGCAGCUGAUGAAGCAGAGGGUAAGGAGGUGGAUGCUGAAACAAAGAAUACUGAAGCUGAGAUAGCUGAAUAUGAAGCAGAAGAGAGUGGUGAUGAGAGUGGUAAAGCAGAGGCAGCAGUGUAUUAUGAUGCUGGGGAAGAGGAAGAAGUUGAAGCAGAGACAGAUGAAGAUGAAGAAUUAAAAGAAGAAACUUCUGAAGCAGAAACAGCAGAUAAUAAUGAAGCAGCAGGAGAAGAGGAGGAAGCUGAAGCAGAAACAACAAAAGCUGAGACAGCAGACGAUGAAGCAGAAGAAGAAAAUGCCAACGCAGAGACAGCAGCUGAUGACGAAACAGCAGGAGAAGAAGAGGCAGCUGAAGAAGACACUGCAGGAGAGGAAGAAGUUGAAGCAGAGACAGGAAAAGAUGAAGAUGCAGAAGAAGAAGCUGAUAAAGUGGAGACUGUUAUAGCAGCAGGAUCAACACCAGGAGAAGAGGAGAGCACUGAAGCAGCUGAUAAUGAAAUGUCAGGAAAGGAGGAAUCUGAAGCUGAAACUGCAGAGGCAGAGACAGAUGAUGUAACAGCAGAAGAAGAUGAGACUGCGGAAGUAGAGGCAGCUGAAGAGGAGACUGCAGGAGACGAGGAGAGUGCUGAGGCAGAGACAGCGGGAGAUGAGGCAGGAGAGGAGGAGACUGCUGAGGCAGAGACUACAGAUGAUGGAACAGCAGGAGAAGAGACUGCUGAAGUAGAAGCAGCUGAAGGGAAGAAUGCAGGAGAGGAAGAGAGUGCUGAAGCUGAAACAGCUGGAGACGAAACUGCCAAAGAAGAGGAGGAUGCUGAAGUAGAGACAGCUGACGAGGAAACUGCAGAAGCUGAAACUAUUGAAAAUGAAACAGUUGAAGGGGAGGAGGAUGCUGAAUCUGAGGCAGCAGAAGAGGAAGCUGCCAGAGAUGAAGACACAGUGGAGGCAGAGGCAGAAACCACUGAUGAUGCAGCAGAGGAUGAGGACGCUGAAAAUAAAACUGCAGGGGAAGAGGAGAUUGCUAAAGCUGAGACCGCAGACGAUGAGGCAGCUGGAGAAGAUGAAACCACAGGGCACGAGUCCUCAGAAAAUGAAACAACUGGCGAUGAGUCGGCCGAAGUUGAAACAACUGGAGACGAGUCGGCACCAGCUGAAACUGCAGGAGAAGGGACAGCUGACGAUGAAACAGCAGGAGAGGAGGAGAGUGCUGAAGCUGAAACAGCUGAGGGAGAAGAGCAGACAGCCGGAGAUGAAACUGAAGGAGAUGAGAAUGAAAACGCAGGAGAAGAAUCGGCAGAAGCUGAGGCAGUUGAAGACGAAGCAGCAAGUAAAAGAGCUGAAGGUGAAGCUGAGGAGAACGUAGAAAAGGGGGAGGAUGAAACAGCAGAGGAAAAAGAGCCUGUAGUUGAGUCAAACAUCGAGGAGACGGAUUGUCAUGAUGACGUAUCGGAGAUAAAAGCAGACGACGAGGCGGAGGAGGGAGAAACAACAGACCAAGAUAUGGUCCCGGAGGAGACAGGAACAGAACAAGAAGAUGAUGCAUAUGCAGGAGAUAAUGCAGGAAACGAGGCAGAAGAAGCAAAUACAAACAAAUUAAACGCAGACAGUGAGGACUCUGAAAAUGGAAGCCAAGACCAAACCGAAGACGUUGAAAAAGAUGAAGAAGUGGAAACUACGGAGGGCAAUGAGACAGCAAAUGAAGAGGAUUGCUGUGGAAACUUUGGGUACUCAGCCGACGGAGAGGAUGAAGCUGAGGAUGAGUCUGAGUUAGAAAUAUCGACAGAUGACGGAGAACAAUCAGGGGUGCCAGCUAUGAGGGAGGGCAACGUUAAGGAAACUGUUGAGGAAACUCCAAUGACCUCAUUCGAUGCUUUGGCCAGAGCAGAGUACUCUGAAGACAGUGCUUACGCCGAUGUUGAGGAUUCAGAGACUGAAGGUAACAACGAGGAGUCAGAGGCACAAGAGGACAAACCAGAAGAGGAGGAGGGUGAUACCUCAGCAGGGGCUGACGCUGAGCUUCAGGUUGAAGAGACUCCAGUUGAGGAGCUGCAGCAGGAGGAGGAGGAGGAGGAGACUCCAGUUGAAGAGACUCCAGUUGAAGAGACUCUUGUUGAGGAGUUGCAGGAGGAAGCGGAGGAGGAAGCUGAGGAGAUGGAAGAAGUUGAGAUGGAGGAAGUUGAGGAGACUCCUAUUGAGGAGCUGAAGGAAGAAGCUGAGGAGGAGCAGGCUGGAAUGGAGGAGGAGGCUGAAGAGGAUGCAGCUGAAGAUGGUGCAGCUGAGGAGGAAGCUGAGGAGGAAACUACUGAAAAUGAGGCUGCUGAUGAGGAAGAGCAGGAGGAAGGGGUGGAGGAGCCGGAAGCUGAAGAGAUUGAGGAAGCUGAGGAAGAUACUGCUGAAAACAACAAUGCUGUUGAAGAAGAUCCAGCUGAUGAGGGGGAUGACUUCACAAGCAAAGGACAAUCUGAAGACGACGAUGACAGUGACGGACCUUCUGGGACAUCUAAAAAAAGCCUACGUGGUCAGCCCACCAAGUCUUCCAUUGAAUCACAACCAGGCUCACUGGACAACGUCCUGAAUGAAGAGGCAGAGACAGAAUCCAACAGCGAGAAGAGUUCACAGACAGGUUCAGGGGAAAGGUCGGGCCACCACCUCUCUGUGAAGAGCAACCAGAUGUACCCUACAGACACGGAGGAUGAAGGCAGGGUGUCAGAAUGCACAGAGGCAGUCAGCGAGGUCCUCGAGCGACAAGUCGUUUCCCCAAAGAAGAAGACUCUGAAGAAGUCUCCAGCAAGAUCUGUAAAGUCAAGCAAGGCCAAGUAAAGUGACAUUGAUUAAUACGAUAUUGAUUAAUACAUUAUUGAUUAAUACGAUAUUGAUUAAUUCGAUACGAUAUUGAUUAAUACGAUAUUGAUUAAUACGAUACGAUAUUGAUUAAUACGGUAUUGAUUAAUACGGUAUUGAUUAAUACGAUAUUGAUUAAUACGGUAUUGAUUAAUAAAAUAUUGAUUAAUAUGAUAUUGAUUAAUUCGAUACGAUAUUGAUUAAUACGAUAUUGAUUAAUACGAUAUUCAUUCAUACGGUAUUGAUUAAUAAAAUAUUGAUUAAUACAAUAUUGAUUAAUACGAUAUUGAUUAAUACGAUAUUGAUUAAUUUGAUACGAUAUUGAUUAAUACGAUAUUGAUUAAUACGAUAUUGAUUAAGACGAUAUUGAUUAAUACGAUAUUGAUUAAUGCGAUAUUGAUUAAUAAAGGUAUUGAUUAAUACGGUAUUGAUUAAUACGAUAUUGAUUAAUACGGUAUUGAUUAAUAAAGGUAUUGAUUAAUACGAUAUUGAUUAAUAAAGGUAUUGAUUAAUACAAUAUUGAUUAAUACGAUAUUGAUUUCUAAAACAUCACUAUUAUAACUACUGCUGUUUAAUAAUAACUUCAUCAAAUAAAGAUCAAAGCACUUUAUAUCAUUACUACUCAUCACAUGACACAGGACAGUUAAAAAAAAAGGGAAUGUUUUAAAACUUGAAAUAUACACACCGAAACGGAUGGUAUUCUCUGUUAUAUUCACACGACAGAAAAUAUAUAUUUGAAUUUUCAUGGAAGAUUAUUGACAUUUAUUUUUUACAAACCAUGUUUACAGUUGUAGAUGAUUAUUGGUAUUAGUGCAAUAAUCAUAUACAACUGUAAUGAAUAGAAUAAAUAAUUAUUCAAAUAAAUGUUUAAACUCAGUUAAAAGCACUAAGGAGUUUUGCAAGUAAUGAACUACAAAUGGAGCAAUAGCUAUAUACAAUAUGCAAUGUAUAUGUGAAACUUGAAUGUAAACUUGAAUGUAUAAAGAAGAAGAAUAAAUAUAUUUUGUUAAUAUUUUAGGAUAAUAUAUAUAAUUACAAUUUUUGGCAACAUUCUUUGUUGCCUGUCUAUGAACAAAUCUCAGUUAGUUGGAAACAAUACAUUCCAAAUGUACGUAUGUAUGAAAGAGAUAACAUACAGU